CGUUCAAGCGUCGGAGCGGGAGGUGCGGCCGCCAUGAGCCUCUGGGCGGACAAGUACCGGCCCUGCUCGCUGGCGCGGCUGGACUACCACAAGGAGCAGGCGGCGCAGCUGCGCAACCUGGUGCAGUGUGGUGACUUUCCUCAUCUGUUGGUGUAUGGACCGUCGGGUGCUGGUAAAAAGACGAGAAUUAUGUGUAUUCUGCGUGAACUUUACGGUGUUGGAGUGGAAAAAUUGAGAAUUGAACAUCAGACCAUCACAACUCCAUCUAAAAAGAAAAUUGAAAUUAGCACUAUUGCAAGCAAUUACCACCUUGAAGUUAAUCCCAGCGAUGCUGGAAAUAGUGACCGGGUGGUAAUUCAGGAGAUGUUGAAAACAGUGGCACAAUCCCAACAACUUGAAACAAACUCUCAGAGAGACUUUAAAGUGGUUUUAUUGACAGAGGUUGACAAACUCACCAAAGAUGCUCAACAUGCCUUGCGUAGAACAAUGGAAAAGUACAUGUCCACCUGCAGACUGAUCUUGUGUUGCAAUUCGACAUCUAAAGUGAUACCACCUAUUCGAAGUAGGUGUCUGGCAGUUCGUGUGCCUGCUCCCAGCAUUGAGGAUAUCUGCCAUGUGUUAUCUACUGUGUGCAAGAAGGAAGGUCUGACUCUUCCUUCACAGCUGGCUCGCAGACUCGCAGAGAAGUCCUGCAGAAACCUCAGAAAAGCCCUCCUGAUGUGUGAGGCCUGCAGAGUGCAGCAGUAUCCUUUCACUGCGGAUCAGGAAGUCCCUGAAACAGAUUGGGAGGUGUACCUGCGGGAGACGGCCAGUGCUGUGGUCAGUCAGCAGACGCCACAAAGGCUCCUUGAAGUUCGUGGAAGACUGUAUGAGCUUUUAACUCAUUGUAUUCCUCCUGAAAUAAUAAUGAAGGGCCUCCUCUCGGAACUUCUGCACAACUGUGACGGACAGCUGAAAGGGGAGGUGGCCCAGGUGGCCGCCCACUGCGAGCACCGUCUGCAGCUGGGCAGCAAGGCCAUUUAUCACCUGGAAGCUUUUGUGGCCAAAUUUAUGGCCCUUUAUAAGAAGUUCAUGGAGGAUGGAUUGGAAGGCAUGAUGUUCUGACUGUACUGCUAGUAUUUCUUCCUGAUAUGUCUCAGUAUUAGUGUUUACAUUCAGUUUAUAUUGGAAGCGCUGCAGGUAAAAUAAACUAACUUUACUUAAUCUGGUCUUGUUUGUGUUUUUUGUAAUAAUUUCUCUAUGAACAAUUAAACAUUAUUCUCUAAGUUAAAUAAUUAACUCUUAUACUGUUGGAGCAUGUUUAUUUUAAAGGGCACAGCUAGAAACUUCAAAGUCCAGGAACAUGAUUUUAUUUUAAAAAUUUGUUAAGUAUGCAAUGUUGAUCCUCCCAUUUUCCAAUUAAUCUCUCACCCGAUGAAGGAAAUUUACACAUAAAAAAGCAAA